AUUUCAGAUUUUAAAUGCUGGGAUAUAGAAGUGGCGAAAAGCAAAAUGCACAUUACCGCUCCAAAGAUCCUAUCGGGAAUUUGAAAAUAAAGGUUACCUUGAAAAAAUUGACAGCAGCUUCAGUAUUUAAUACUGGAGAUGGAGCAGAGUCUGAAACAGGGACAAAGUUAUCUGCCAAAGAAAAGUUCCUAGAACUUCAACAAGGUGCCAAAUCAGAAGUAGAAGAACUUGUGGUCAGUUUUUGUGAAAAGAAAUUUAGCCACAGAGAGGUAACUCAUUAUGCUGCAAUCCAAGAUGGCGACUUACAAGAAGGCGACCACUUCAAGGAAAUGCGCAAGAAGUGUUCUGAUGAGUUUGGGGGAGAUCCGGACAAAAGACCCAAUAGAAGGUUGUUCACAUAUGUACCAGGAGACAAGUUUGUGGAAACAGUAACAACAAGUGCUAUGACAACUGAUGAGAAAGAGCAGCCGUCUUAUCUAGCUAACAAAAUGUCUGACAUUCGCUUGGCAGAUUCGAAAGAAAAUGGAGAUGUAAAUCAAAACGAGGCAAAUGAGACGUCUAAGAAAUCAGAACCUACUUUUGUUGGAGGUCGCAAAGUGGUGGAGGAGCCGAGUGAAUCGCUGAAGGAGCAGACGCACUAUUUGAAGCAGGGAGGGACCACAUUCCAUGUCAUUGCAGACCUCACCAGGCCAGGCAUGGAACACCUGCAGGAGAACGAAUACCCUCUCUGCUCUAUUAACAUGUCGAGUGCUGGAGUGAUAACAGUCUCGCCAGAUUUCAACAGACACAGACCUCCGUACUCUGUUGUAUCCGACCUAGAACGCAGAGAGGUGUACGAGUACACGAUAGAACAUGUGUCGAAGGAGAUCACUGCGAAAGAGAAAUUGCGUGAACAGAAGGUGGUGAACGACAUCUACCUCCGCCAUCAGGAGCACAAAACCAAAGCGAUAGGUAAUCAGUUCGAGCUGCCACAACCGGGAGUGCUGAGAGUGAACUGCUUCGGGGAGAUUGUGUCAGCCAAGGACUUCGAGUACGAUGGCUUAUACGUGCAAUACUACCUCGACAUACCAAUGUGUUGGUGGGCUGAUCCCAACUCAUGUCAGAUCACAGGAGUAACUCAGAGGUGCAACAAGCGAGUAGCUCCUAAUGGCAAGGACGAAGUGAGUAACUUUGGCUUUCCGAUGGAAUUCGAACUCUUCUUCAGAAACGAUUCGGAAGACUCAGACGGAAUCCACUCGGAGUGGCCGACUUUGUUCAUAGAAGUGCUAUCCAUAGACCAGUGGCUCCGAUUCAGAACCGAGGGUUACGGUUGGGUGAAACUACCAGCCACUCCAGGCGUGAUUGAAACAGAAGUGUCCUGUUGGCGUCCUCUGGGCAACGGGUCUCUCUCCUCGGAGCUAAGGAGGUUCUUCGUCGGAGGAUCCCCCGAACUAGAGGACAUCGCUUUCGUAUCCAAACCAACUUCACAGGAUGGAGUGGUGUUGAGCAAGUAUGGGAUGAUGACUGAGGCUACGGGGUCUGUCAAGCUGCGAUUCAACACAAUCAUGCAGAGCCAGCUUUUCCUCGACAAGGAGUUCCAACAAGAGAGAAGUAAGAAAAAGACGACGAUGAAUAUGAUUGACAGACUGGGGGGACACAGUAUGCAGCAAACAGUACAGAGUGUUCUGGACACAUUCAUCAAGACUCGCAACAAAUUGAGAGCUGCUAGAGAAGGAGUGCUCAAGUGAAGCGACCUUCAGAAGAGAAAUACUAUGAAAAAUCACAACAAAGGCGAUUACCGAAGGAAAACAAAUUGCCAGUUUCUGUGCAAGUAAUAUAGAAUAUUCCGACCACAGUAGGUUUUAGGGAAAACAAAAAAUUUAAGGAAUAAGUGUUUGUUAAUUUGUCGUCUUUGGAUUUGGAAGAAGUGAGUUAGGAUGCUAAUUUGGCUUUCUAAUGAUUGCUAAUGGCGUAUUCUAAAACUUCUUUCGUAUCGUUGAAAGUGUCUCCACCUUUUAUCCACUCUUCGCUAUAAAAAGCGAAAACUUCAAAAUAGUCAAAACUGAUUAAACUUUUGGGAAAAGACUGACUGAAAGUGCUUGAAUAUGAUCUAUCAUCAACCCCCUGAUGUUUAUUUGUGAUGUCUCCGAGUGGUAAUGUAUCACCCAAAUACGAGUUCCUGUUUGACUUCGUCGCUGGUCGGAAUAAACAGGAUAGAUAACUGUAAAUAGUGUAAAUUUGUACUAAACAAACGAUUUGAUAAAUUCAUGUUUAUAUUGA